GGAGCGGCCGGUGGCUACACCAUUAUCGCCCAGGAUAGUUCUUCAAGAACAUUGCUUUCAGAUUCGAUACAAUUUAGGUUGACUUGAAAUGCCGUUUACAUUACCCCUCAAAACAGAGGAUGUAUUUAGUACGUUUGAUCCGAACUUCAUGCCCGGGUACGGAGGGUACAUUCCAAAGUUAAAAAGCCGGUUAGGAGAGACCUACGGCAAUGCUACUCUUGGACUCCUGUCAUAUGAACCUGGACAGCCCAAGUCACCACGUCUAACUCUGACUCAAACAAAAGCAUUGUACAAUCCCCAGGUGCCAAGGCAUCUGUUGAAUAGGACCUAUGGUCAUCCAGAAAUUACCACAUAUGCGGGGCAGGUGCAGAAUACAAACAUUAAAAACGGUUACUUCUAUCCGAGAGAUGGCAAAUAUCAUUUUGCUCUGAAGAGUUGUGUAUACGAUAACAAUCCUGAAGCAACAUCUGCCAUUCAGACUAUAGAAGAAUUGAAACAACGCGAAAUGAUGAAGUGUAACAGGAGUGACCUCAUUGCACCAAAUAUGUCAUCAAGGCCUAAAUCUGCAUUUGCACCAGAUGAAAUUAAACCACCAGACAGUUGUGCUUUCAGCCCCAUGGUUUAUGAGCCAUUUAUUGACCCUUGUCGCCCAAGGAAAAUGGAUAUACCCCCAACCCCAGAUCAAAAGCCAGUGGAGCAGCAUAGCAGGAUAAUUUAUAGACAUGAUUCUUCACUUCAUCCCACCUAUAAUGGUUUUGUUCCAGGUCAGCAGUUUAAGAUUGGAAAGAACUGGGGACACAGUACUUUUAACGCGCGGGGCAUAGGUGAGGAGAAAUCACAGCCACCGUGUCCCACUUGAUUUGGGAAAAGCCUUCUAGAAAGCUGGAUUCAGGGCUGUAUUGAUGUUAAUUAGAAUGUCAAUAAAUUUGAGAGUGUAGACGGAGAAUCUGAUUGUCCGACAAUCAAACCAAUUGUUAAGUUGACUAUAUGUUUGCUG